UGAAGCUUUCAUGUCGCGAAAGAGACAAAAUCAAUUUUCAACUUCAACAUGUUUCACAGGAUUUCGUUUGUUGUAUUAGUAUUUGUUAUUCAAACCAUCAAUCAUGGCCGAGCUGUACCAGUUGCUGGAACUCAUUUUACAGAUACACGCACGACUAAGAUUGAGACUGAGAAUGACUUUCUUGAAGGUGAUAUGAUCAUUGACCAGACAGUUUUUAAUAUGAUCACCACUCAUGAAACAGCGGAAACCAAACGAGGUGCUGUGACCAAUGUAGUGAAACUAUGGCCUAAAGGAGUUGUGCCGUAUGUUUACAGCAGCCGACUAUCUAGUUAUGCGCGAUCAAUAAUACGUCAGGCUAUGGCAAAACUACACGCGAGCACGUGCAUUCAAUUCAAACCAAGAAUUAAUGAAACCCAUUACGUGAAGUUCAUCAAGGGAAAGGGGUGCUAUUCGCAUGUGGGAAGACAAAAACAAAAAAAUAUAAAUUUACCGCAAGAACAGUUAAUAUCUUUGGGUAGCGGGUGUGAAGCAGUUGGCAUAGCUUUACACGAAAUGGUGCACACUCUUGGUUUCUUUCACACAAGUUCAAGGACCGACAGAGAUUUUUACAUAAUUGUUUAUGAUAAUAAUAUCGAACAAGGUAUGGCUCACAACUUUCAAAAGUAUCCCCAUGGCCAAAUCGAUCACCUCAAGUCUCCGUAUGAUAUAACGUCCAUCAUGCACUUACCACGGCAUGCGUUUGCUAAGAAACCUAAUCUAAUCACAAUCCAGGCAAGAGCUGGAGCCCAUAUCAAACUUGGUGAAACUGGCCAGUUAUCCCCUGUGGAUAAAUACCAAAUAAAUGCUCUCUAUAAAUGUUCAUCAACAACAUCAACCUCAAGUUGUCUGACUGCUUUGGGUCUUCAGACACAUAGCAUACCUGACAGUGCCAUUAAAGCUAGUAGUCAGUAUUCUUUGUAUACAGCCAGUGCCGCCAGGCUUCAUGGGAGGCCUUCGAGGUCAAACAUGGGUGCCUGGUGUCCAAAGACAGGAGCUGGCUCAUGGAUUGAGAUUGAUCUUGGUAAACUUGUGAGGAUUACUGGAAUCGCUACACAGGGACAUCGAGGCUUAUUUUGGGAUGAAUAUACACCAGAAUAUGACUUGAAGUAUAAACAAUCUUCGUACAGCGGUUGGUUCUCUUACCUGUCCACAAGCAGAGCAUACAGUGGCACGCAGGGCUUGCCGGGUAAUUGGGAUGGAUGGUCUGUACAGUAUAAUGCAUUAUGUCCGACGAUUGUUGCAAGAUAUGUGAGACUUUAUCCAAAGAAAUGGAUAUAUAGACCUUGUUUUCGCAUAGAGCUUUAUGGUUGCAAGAUUUGAAGUUUUCAUGCUAGUGGUCAUGAUCGCUGAGAUGAGGAUUAAAUUAAUUUUGAUAGAAAUGUAUGAGAUAACGUGACUGUGAUUUAACUAUUAGAAGUAAACAAAAUUAAACAAUGCAAGCUUUAAAGAUAAUUUUGUAAUUCUGCUGCCUUCUCUUAGUUAUAAUG